UGUUUGUCGAGAGGCGAGCAAACCUAAAAAUCACCAGACAGAGAAAAACGCGACUGAGAGAGAAUGUCUGCAACAGGCGGCGGCGGCGGAGGUGGCGGGGCAGGUCAAGAGGAGGACAAGAAGCCCGGGGACCAGUCCGCUCACAUUAACCUCAAAGUCAAGGGCCAGGAUGGCAAUGAAGUGUUUUUUAGGAUCAAACGGAGUACCCAGAUGCGAAAACUGAUGAAUGCAUAUUGUGAGAGGCAGUCGGUGGACUUGAACUCCAUUGCAUUUUUGUUUGAUGGGCGCAGACUCCGUGCAGAACAGACUCCGGAUGAGCUUGAGAUGGAGGAUGGCGACGAAAUUGAUGCCAUGCUGCACCAAACAGGAGGCGGUCAUCUGGCAUAGUUGGUUUAUUUUGCUCUAUUUUACUUUUAUGAUUCAAGAUAUUGGUGUAAAUUGAAACGGAGCUAAGGUGAACUACAUAGGUUAUGCCAUGGAUGUUGAUGGGUUUCUUUUGCUACUUAUGGAAUUAUUAGGCUUGUUUGGUGUUCUUAUAUAUAUAUAUAUUUUUAAUUUUAUAUC